UUCUUUCUUGUAAUUUAUUAGUAAGUAACUCCGUCUGAAUGCGAUUCGUGUAAGAUGCAACAGGUCUGACACCUGAGCAGAGGAGUAACCCGAACAGCAACAGCGCUUGCCAAAUGCCCUGGGCAUUUUCAAUCCAAUUUUGGGAAGGUGUGCUAGCUCGCCACAUAUUUGAAUACGAGACAGACACUUUAUGCUAACUUGUGAGUUCAUUGUUUGGCUUUUGAGUUAGAGUCGUUAAAAUAUAUAUAAAAAUUAAAAUUAUGCACGGAAUCUUAAAAGAGCAAUAUCUGGUCUCUAUGACUAUCUCUUGCCUGAGAUAAAAUAUGCCAUCAGCGUAUGGAUGCAGUUGAAGAUAGAGGCAAAAAUAUAGUACGGAAGUUACUGCUGCAGCGGCUCCGGAAUAACUGAGUGGCUAGUCAGUUAGGCUGCUUCAGUGGUUGACACAUUUUUGUUUUUUUUUCUGCUUUUGUGGAAUGACCCUGACAUUUAGCGUGAAGUAAUUUGAGCAUCGUUUAAAGUUUUUGGACGUAGCGCAGCUGCCAUAAACCGGGAUGCAAACAUGUUUGGCAUGUUUAAACGCAUAGAGAAACGUUGAAUUAUUUGAUCGCAAUGCCGACCGCAUAUAAAAGCCAACGCACGAAUGAUCCACACUCAAACUCUCGCUUUCGUUGAUCCAGUUCGAAUAUCUAAAAAAUAAGCUCAAAAAUAUGUUCAAGUUCCUACCUUUGUUCGUCCUGGCUGUCGCGGCUGUCGCACAUGCUUUGCCUGUUUCCGAGAAAGACGAAGUCGUGCCUAUUUUGAAUUCGGUGGUCAACAAAAACGAUGAUGGUUCCUAUAAAGCCUCCUAUGAGUCAGGCGAUGGAACCCUGCGCGACGAGGAGGCUACCGUUAUAAAUGCCGGCACCCCGGAAGAGUCACUUGAAGUCAAGGGCUCUUACAAGUACAUUAAUGAAGACGGCGAAACCGUUGAGGUCUUCUACACGGCUGGUGUAAAUGGCUUUGUGCCCUACGGCUCCGUCGUUAAUCCCGAAAUCACGGCCGUGGCACAGGCAGCUAAGGAUUUACCAAGCAACCAAGACUCUGAACCAGAGCCCAAGGCCAAAACAUAUGCCUAGUGAAAUAGUUAUGUAACUUUCGGAAGAUGUGAAUAAAAUUUAACGAAAAAUAUCAGAUAAAU